AUGCCUACGCGCUACACUUCACAAGAAUAUGCGAACAUGCACCUCAUUUAUGGAGAAUGCAGAUGCAAUGCAAGUGCCGCUGCUAGACUUUAUCGGGAAAGAUAUCCAAAUUUAGGGCGCUAUCCGGAUCACCGCGUGUUUGUUAAUGUGCACCGUUCACUCACAGAGGGCGGCCAUUUUCCUAAUCAAAUACGGGCUGGAGGUAGAGCUCGCUUUCCUUACGAGGAAGAAGUGUUGCAAGAGGUCGCAGAUGACCCAAGUACUUCCGUUCGUGGAAUUGAAGAAAGAACGGGAAUACCCAAAAGCACAGCACAUCGUAUUUUACAAAGAGCCGAAAAGCAUCCGUUUCACGUACAACGAGUUGUAACGUAG